AUGGGUAGUAUUGUUGUUGAGACUAUGUAUAGGUUUGACAUGGUUGAGCUGUUUGAGUCUGAGGGUAAUCAUUGUACUACCAACAAGUCUGGGCUUCAGACCAUUGAGAGUGCAUAUCUGAUGACCCUUGCAUUCACAUCAAUUAUGUCAAUCUUUAUCAUUGAAAGGAUCGACGACAAGAAGGGAACAGUCUCUAUCAUUCCCCUUGUUCUGACGGGUAUAAUAAGCAUUUUCUAUUGGAGGCAAGAAUGCAAGAUCUAUGCACUUGUCCAGUUUGUUCCCUGCGUUGUCAUUCCUAUAAUGGCUAUCUUAUUGCCUCCAAUGUAUACGCAUUCAGAUUAUUGGCUUUGGGCUGCAGCAUUUUAUCUCUUGGCUAAAAUAGAAGCAGAAGACAAACCGAUCUAUAAAUGGACUUCUCAUGUUGUCAAUGAGCAUACUCUUAAGCAUUUAUUUGCUGCUAUGGUUCCUCUUUUCUUGACACUCAUGCUUUCCAAGAGGAGAAUUGCUCCUGAGAGGUCAGCUUCCAUCUGA